AAGUUAUGGAGAGCUCCGGUCAAGUCGAGCCAACUCAGACGGUGAACACCACUAACGACAGUUUUAUUACAGACUCAUUCACUGUGGAUGUGAGCGAGGAGAGUCUCGCCUAUCAGAUCAGUCUGGCUGCGAUUCUCUCCGUCAUCACACUGGCCACCACUUCAUCCAACGCGUUUGUCAUCGCCACAAUCUCCCAGUCGAAGAAACUGCAAACUCCUGCGAACUUUCUGAUCGCCUCUCUGGCCGUCACAGACCUGCUGGUGUCCAUCCUGGUGAUGCCCAUCUGCGUCCUGUACACUGUCACGCACAUCUGGACGCUGGGGCAAAUCGUGUGCGAUAUCUGGCUCUCCUCGGACAUAACGUGUUGCACGGCGUCUAUCCUCCACCUGUGCGUAAUCGCUUUGGAUAGAUACUGGGCCAUCACGGACGCUGUGGAGUACUCCAAAAAGCGCACGCCAGGGCGCGCAGCCGGGAUGGUGGCCACAGCUUGGGUCAUCGCCAUCUCCAUCUCCCUGCCGCCUCUGUUCUGGAGGCAGGUGAAGGCGGAGGAGCUGACCAGCUGCAGCGUCAACACGGAUCAUAUUUUCUACACCAUCUACUCCACCUUUGGGGCUUUCUACAUCCCCACCUUGCUUCUUAUUGUUCUCUACGGACGGAUAUACGUCGAGGCUCGGAAGCGGAUCUUGAAGCAGUCCCCCAAGAAGGUGGGGAAAAGACUCACCUCCGCGCACCUGGCCACAAACUCCCCAGGAUCCGUGGCGUCCACGAGCUCUCUGCAGUGCGGGAGACACGACACCCCGUCCAGCGACACGGGCUCUUCAACCAGCGAGAACCAGGUGAAGGUGACGGUGUCGGACGCGCUUUUGGAGAAAAAGCGCAUCUCAGCAGCCAGAGAGAGAAAGGCAACCAAGACUUUGGGGAUAAUCCUCGGCGCUUAUAUCGUUUGCUGGCUGCCGUUUUUCAUUUACACACUGGUGGUGGCCACGUGCGAGACAUGUUUUAACCCCGAGUUAUUUGACUUUUUCACCUGGCUGGGAUAUCUGAACUCCCUCAUCAACCCCAUCAUAUACACAAUGUCCAAUGAGGACUUCAAGAAAGCUUUCCAUAAACUUGUGCGCUUCAGAUGCUGCAGUUCGUAA